AUGCCUCGACGAGCUUCCAAACAAAAUCGUAACGGUGCUAAAAAUAGUACUGGUACAGAAUCCCUUCGUCUCGCUAUCAAAGAUUUUAGUGUAUAUGAUUAUUCACGGUCAUCAAAAGAUUCACCACAAAAUAAUUUACGAACAACAUCGAAAUUAACUCGUGAAUGUAAAACUUUAUUAGAUGAACAAGAUUGGUAUGAAAAAGAUUUAAGUGAUUUUGAUGAUCCACAAUUAUCUGAUGAAGAACAUGAAGUUCAACAAGAAAUCAUUCGAUCAAAAUAUAAACAACCUACAAAACAUAGAUCUUCAAUAGAUAAUAAUUCUGAUGGAAUUGAUUAUCCUAUUGAUUUAUGGUUUAUAAUUGCAAUGUAUAUUUCACCGGAAGAUAUUGGUAAAUUCUCAUUAAUUUGUCGAACAUCAAAUCAUGUAAUUAAUACUGUUUAUUUUUGGAUGCGUUUAUUUCGAAAACAUAAUAAAAUAGAAGCAAAUAAAAUUAGUCGAAUACUUGUUCAUGAACAUUUAUCAAUAAUUCGUACACAUGUUAUUAAAUCAUUAUAUCAAGUAUAUCCACUAUUUCAAGAUCGUUUAAAUAAAACUGAUACUAUACAAAAAGAUCCACAUUUUCUUCGUUCAUCACGAUGUGUACGUAUUUGGUAUUCGAAAGGAUUAGAAACAACAACACAACGUGAAUCAUAUAAUUAUUAUUUUGAAUUUCGUUUUGAUAAUAUUAAACAAUCAAAACAACAACAACAAAUUCAAAUUCAAGCUUUAUCACCAAUACUUCAAACAAAUAAUCAAUAUAUUAUUGAUAAAGAUUGUUGUAUAUUACAUUUAAUUUGUUCAAAUUUCGUACCAAUUGGUCCUUAUAUGGGUAUGAUAUUAUCACAAAUAACAUUAAAUGUUAGUAGUGAUUAUCGAUAUCAUAAAUUAAGAAUGUUAUUUGAUUCAUCAAGAUUAUGUUUACAAACAUCAAAAAAAUAUAAUGAUUCAGUUGUUAUUAUUGAUCCAAUUUUAUGUUUAAAAGUUUAUAAUUGGUAUAAUAGUCCAGCAAGUUUUGAUUAA